UCUUUAUACUUAAUUUACCAUUUUUUUUUUCUUUUUUAUAGCUGCAAGCAUUUGGGGACUGGUUGCUUUGAAGUUGGCAGAUGAGGAGUUCUUGCCUUUUGAUUAUAUGUCGUAUGCUUCUGAGCUCCAGCAAAGUACAGAGCUUUUCGAAAAGGAGGUGCUGGGAAGGCCAGUGAGUUUCGCUCCUAUAUACCAGUCUAUAGAAAAGCUAAAGAAGGCGGCAGCUAUAAUAAAUAGUGAAAGAAAGUUGCAGGAACUUGAAGGGAAGAAUUGGCUGUUAACAUGGAAAAAAGACCCAAUUAAAGUGAGAGAGCUUAAUGACAGGUUGAUGAUGACGGAGAGGGCAUUUACUAAUAGAGAAGGCCUUCAUGAAAGGCCCUGGUACAAGCAUCUGAUAUAUGGACCAUCACAAUAUGAUGACUAUGGAUCAAAAUCAUUUCCAGGCAUAGAUGAUGCCCUUGAGACUGCCAAGAAUUUGAAUACUUCAAAAUCUUGGAGUUUGGUGCAACAUGAGGUGUGGAGAGUUGCCAGGGCUAUCAAGCAAGCCUCUCGUGUGCUUAUUGGGGAGCUGAAAUGACUGCAUUAUUUAAACUGCUAAAAUUAAUAGAUAUCUUGCACAACAAACUUGCUCCAGUCUACCUCUUGUAAAAUACCAAAAAGGAUAAAAAAACGUCGGCUCUUUUUAUCCCUAAAUUAAAUUUGCUUUAGGUUCUGUGGGGUUGUGGUGAACUUAUUUAGUUAUUUUGAUUGUUUGUUUCAAUAAAAGCUUGUAAUUGGGGAUGUAGUAACGAUACUUUUUUUGUCCCAAUUUUUGUAAAAGAAAUGUUAUAUUGUAUACUUUUUUUGUCAAAUUUUGUAAAGGCCAUUUUUUAGGAAGGA